AGAGGGAGAGGGAGAGAGAGAGAGGGAGGUUCUUCCGGCUUAGGACAGGUAUAAAUAUGGCUGUGUCCUCCACUGAAAUCAGUUCACCUUCAAAGGCAGAAACUUUUUGUUUGAGACACCACCAUCUAACGCCAACAUGAAGUGGCUACUGCUGCUCUGCCUGUGUGUCUAUGCUGUCCAUUGUCAAGACGAUUAUGACGAAUAUGACCAGGGGGAUAAAACAGAUCCCAAAAAAGUGGUAGACGCUCGCGGCCACCGUCCCUUGUCCAGAGGGAGUGAGACCUACACCCCUGCCCGCAACAACCCCCCUCCCGUCAGCGGCGGCAGCCAAUACCGUGGGCGACCUACGGCGGCUCCCGCCAGAGCCAUGGCACAGGAGAAGGAUGAGCAACCGGAAGCUGGGGGGUGUACACAUGCCUCAGAACAAAUGGGGGUGCUGUGUCCUACGGGCUGUGAGCUGAAGACAGCCAUGCUGAAACAAGAGAGGAACGUGAAAGAUGAAGUGAGGAAGAUGCAGAAAGAUGUUGACGACCUGUCGAGAUCCUCUAACACCAUCUAUAACUACGUAGACGGCAUGUCCUCAGCACUGAGAGAGAGACAACUAGUCAGCAAUGAGAAUGGUGACCUGGUGAGUCAGUACACGGACAGUCUGGAGUCCCAGCAUGCCUUUGCAAAGGAGGCUAUAGACACAGUCUUCCCCUCUAACAUUAGGAUUCUUCAAGGGGUCCUUGAGAAGAUCAGGUUGAAGAUUCAGAGAGUGGAGAAGGCUAUCCUGGCCCAAAGGGAGGAAUGCAAGGAGCCAUGCACUGUCUCCUGCCCCAUACCUGUUGUAUCUGGUAAGGAGUGUGAGGACAUCUUCAGGAAAGGAGGAAGGGAUUCUGGGAUGUAUCUGGUCCAGCCUGACUCCUUCUACCAGCCCUACAAGGUCUACUGUGACCAGACCACACAGAAAGGAGGCUGGACCACUAUUCAGAACAGGAAGGAUGGUUCUGUUGACUUUGGCCGGCGUUGGGACAACUACCGCAGUGGUUUCGGGAAUAUCGCCUUCGACGUCGGAAAGGGACAUUGCAACACUCCAGGGGAGUACUGGCUGGGUAACGACCGCAUCAGUCAGCUGACCAAGCAGGGACCUACUGAGGUCCUCAUGGAGAUGGAGGAUUGGUCUGGCAACAAGGUCCACGCCCAGUACAAACAGUUUACCAUACAGGGCGAGACGUCCAACUACAUACUGGCGAUCAAUGGGUAUUCAGGAACGGCCGGUAACGUGAUGCUGGACGGAGCUAUGUCGCUGUUUGGAGAGAACCGGACCAUGACCAUCCACAAUGGAAUGAUGUUCAGCACCUACGACAGAGACAACGAUAACUGGACUCCAGGUGAUCCGUCCAAACAGUGCUCCCGUGAGGACGGCGGUGGCUGGUGGUACAACAGGUGUCACUCAGCCAAUCCCAACGGCCGUUACUACUGGGGCGGGGCUUACACGCGGUACAUGGCAAAACACGGGACGGAUGACGGCAUGGUGUGGAUGAACUGGAAGGGAUCCUGGUACUCUCUCAAAGCCAUCUGCAUGAAGAUCAGGCCAUACUUUGCCUCGCGGUAGACACACAGGGACACACACAGGGACACACACAGGGACACACACAGACACACCGAGAGACACAGGAAGUGACCUUUAGCUGAGGUCCUACGAGGUCCGUAUCCUGCUGAUUUUCUUUUCUACCUGAUAAUUAACUGCACCCGCCUGGUAGUCCCAGGUCUAAAUCAGCCCCUGACUUUAGAGGGGAACAAUGAAAACAAGCGUAUGUUCAUACUGUAUGUGAGAGCCAACAGAGAGAAGCACACAGUUUCCCCCAAUGUGUCAAUCAUAAUCUCAUCUAAAUCUCUGAAACACUAAAGGAAACGUAUAAUGACUUCAAUAGGGCUUUUAAAAGACACUACAGAGGAACAAAUGGUGCAUGACGCAAGAGAAAAAGAGAGAAAGGAUGUUGUUGUUUGAGUUGUUUCAAACCUGAAACUUAUGUCUUAUUUUUAUUUUAAAGUUGAACAGAGAAAAGCCAAGUAAAAUGAUGGAGUUUAAAACAAGAUAAAAAAAAACAUUAUAUGUGUUGUCGCUGUGUGAUGUGAUUGUGUGCUUUGGGACAUAUAUAUAUAUAUAUAUAUAUAUAUGAACAGAAGACUGUCCCUUACGUUACUCAAUAAAAACAUAUUGUGGAACUUA